UUUUUCAAGAACUGGAAAAAUGGUGAUGUCUACAUUGUUGAAAUUUCUAUAUCCUCCACCACCAUCUUUGUUUAUUACUACAAUGUCUAUUAUAAGUGUUGUUUCAUUAGCAAAUGCUGGAUUUUCAGAAAUUAAAGGAAAGCAUAUGCAAUAUUCCAAAUUCUUUGGAACAAUAAAAAAUGAAAAUGAUGAGAAGAAGAAGAAGAAGAAAAAAAAGGCAAAAAUUGAGAGUAAAUUAGGGAUGCUUUUAUUAUAUGGUCCUUCAUUUCUUGGUGGUAUUUCUUCAUUUGCAAUUUUUCCAAAUGGAGAUUUAAGGUUUGUUUUGGUGUGUUCUGCUUUAUCCAUACAUUUCUUCAAGAGAGUGUUAGAGGUCCUAUUUGUUCACAAAUACAGUGGUUCAAUGGAUGUUGAAGAUGCAAUUGUAAUAUCAUUAAGUUAUUUCCUCUCCACAAUUACCAUGAUUUAUUGUCAACACCUUUCUCAAGAUUUGCCAGAGCCAUCCAUUGAUCUCAAGUAUGGUGGAUACAUAAUAUUUUUGGUUGGUAUAAUUGGCAACUUUUACCAUCAUAUUUUGCUCUCUAAAUUGAGAACAAAAGGUGAGAAAGAGUACAAAAUUCCUCAAGGUGGCCUAUUUGAUUUUGCAAUAUGCCCACAUUAUCUCUUUGAGAUUCUUAUAUUUGUAGGAGUUUCAUGCACUUGUCAAACAUUAUAUGCAAUUUCAUUCACUUUGGGAACUAUCUUUUACUUGAUGGGAAGGAGCAUUGCUACAAGAAGAUGGUACAAGUCAAAGUUUGAUGAUUUUCCAAAGGAUAUUAAGGCACUUAUUCCUUACAUAUUUUAGGUUAUAACUUGCAAUAGGACCUUCAAUUUUUGUUUAUGUGGCUAUGUUGAACAAGUAUUAUAAGUUAUGAGUUAUUUAUGUAGA